GGAGGAGGAGGAGAAGAAGAAGGCUGGCGUCCGGAGGCGGAGAGGGAGAGUGUCCGGCGUCCGCGAUGCUGCCCGCCCAGGAGGCCGCCCGGCUCUACCACAGCAACUAUGUGCGGAACUCUCGGGCCAUCGGGGUGCUGUGGGCCAUCUUCACCAUCUGCUUCGCCAUCGUCAACGUGGUGUGCUUCAUCCAGCCCUACUGGAUCGGGGACGGGGUGGACACGCCGCAGGCCGGCUACUUCGGGCUCUUCCACUACUGCGUGGGCGGCGGCGGGCCGGGCCGGGAGCUGACCUGCCGCGGGAGCUUCGCCGACCUGGCCACCCUGCCCUCCGCCGCCUUCCAGGCCGCCUCCUUCUUCAUCGGCCUCUCCAUGAUGCUCACCGUCGCCUGCAUCGCCUGCUUCGCCCUCUUCUUCUUCUGCAACACGGCCACCGUCUACAAGAUCUGCGCCUGGAUGCAGCUCACCUCCGCUGCCUGCCUGGUGCUCGGCUGCAUGAUUUUUCCGGUCGGCUGGGAUUCCGCCGAGGUCAGACGGAUGUGCGGUGACAAGACAGACAAGUACACGCUGGGGGCUUGUUCGGUUCGCUGGGCCUACAUCCUGGCCAUCAUCGGGAUCCUGGAUGCCCUGAUCCUCUCCUUCUUGGCGUUCGUGCUUGGGAACCGGCAGGACGGCCUGAUGGCGGAGGAGCUCAAGGCGGAAAACAAAGAGGACGGAAAUGCUUAACGCAAACCAAGGUAGCGUGAGACCGAACAGCUUCUGCUAAGCCACUAUUCUCUAGAAUGAGCACAAAACAAAACGAGUAUCAGCUUUUGUACAUCAACAUCCAACGGCAAGGCGCUUGGGAGAGAGGACCUCAGACGGAGAUGAUCGCCGACGCAUGGAAAACACCGGCCCCCGCCCUCUCCAUCUAAACCGGCAGAGUCGGCAAGUGAUUUUUCCAGAUAGAAACGCCAUCGCGGUUUAAACCACCAGCUCAUUAGAGACUGUCAUUGGGUAAGAUCUUCAGAGAAGUGCAUGAGAAGUCACACGGGGGAAAUACAUUUAGGAAGGGGGAUGUAGUUGUCGCUUGAAUGACGUGUAAAAUCUACAUACGUACCGAAGAGGUUUGUAAAACCAUCUUUUUUAAUUAAACCGAAACACCAACAGCUUUAAACUUGGACCGUCCUGAAGACGGCCAGUUGAAAACCCCUCUUGUCUAAAUAGUGUCGUUUACAGAGAGACAGUGUCUCGUGAGACAGCUGAAUGUUUUCUUUUCCAGCACGAUCUCUGCACUUGGUUCAUUUCCCCGUGUAAUUACUUCUAAGUAUUCAGUUAACCAGUGUAAAGCUCCCAACUUUUUACGGUGUCCGCGUCUGCCAAACUUAAUCCUGAGGAAUUUUCUGACACCUUCCAAUACUUCAGCUGGUCGCUGUGGGUGGGGAACAUUUCCGCCAACUCUGUUGCAUCAUACUCUCCCAAGCGCUCAGUGCAGAGCUCCGCACACAGUAAGCGCUCAAUAAAUACCAUCGACUGAUUCUGCGGAAAGCAAGUGUUUUGGAACAAUCAAGCAAGCCUCCAAGCAACACGGCAACCUAGAACUCUACCUUUCAAGCAACCGGAUCAAGGAAUUUCUGGAGAAUGUAGACAACCCAUUAACCCUCAGAUGCUCAGAUGUAAUAUAGAGGCUGCUGUUAAAUAAACACUUUUCUAUUUCUUC